UCGGCGGCCCUAGCAAGGUGGUGCCAUCUAUCACUCUCAGGGAGGGGGAGGAGACCGGGGGCCGCAACGGUCGGGAAUGGUCGGGGAUGCCGAUGAUGCGCGUUCAGGCUCUUACGGGGUUCAGUGCUGGUGCUCGAUGCGAGGCGAGUGCGCGCGUCGGUGCAGCACGAGUGCCCGAGUGCUCUCGCGCUCGUACGAGCCUGUUUUUCGUUUAUCGUCGUAGAGCAUUCUCGUCUUCGUGCGCGCAAUCCGUGACACGAUCGGGGGUUGGUACGCGCUGAGUUUAGCGCAAUACGGAUACGCGCGCGUGUCGUUAUCUCGCGGGAUCGGACAUCGAUCAGGAUAUAUCGCGAGAGGAAGACCCCCAACGGGCGACGCGACGGUUGACGUACACCGGGGGUGACGAGGGAGUUCGCGGGUGACGGAGAAACUGUGCGUCGUUCUGGGGGUGGCAGCGGGGUGGCUCGCGCUGGUGGUGGCCGGCCCGCGGAUAAAGGGCGAGGGAAAUGGGCCGCUCCGCGUUUGAUACGUGAUACACGGGGUGCGUGAGCGCGCGCGCGCGCGCUCCCCUUUUGUGAGGUCGCGCGUGUAUAUGUGGCGUGCGUGCGUGCUGCGUGUGCCGUCGCCCUCCUCGUUGUCCCUGUCACCGUUGUCGUCCUCGUCGUCGUCGUCGUUGUGUCGAGUCGCGUGUGUGUGUCGUGCACUCAGAUACGCGUGUGCCUGCGUGAAUGAGAAAGAAGAAAGGGGGUGGGCUGCUGGUCAUCCCGAGCGAGGCGAAGUGUACAUCAUCAGGUCGUCAUUGUCGCCGUCGUCGUCAUUCCGACGUACGGUUCGACGUUGACACCGAGAACGAAAGGGGUAGAUCGUAUUCUGUGAGAAACGCGGCGCGACAUGACGACGGCGAGGGGUAGCACCGUCGCGGCAACGGCGGCGUCAUCGACGACGACAUCACGGACAACGUCGUCGUCAACGUCGGCCGCAUCGUCGCGCCUGCUCGCAACGACGCCGUCACUGUUGUUUCUGCUGCUGAUGUCAACGCAGCCCGGCCCAGCUGUGGGUUCUUGUCGAUGGACCAACGAAGCCGGCAACGACACCCGCUCGGCGGACUGUGCCCUUCGCGUGCUCGACCCCACGGCGAUUGGCAGCCUGGCGCCGUCGCUCGACGGCGCGCUCCGACUGCGUAUCCGUUGCAGCGACGUGUAUCAUUUCGAGAGCAGCGUGAGCGAGGACAGCUGGCAGCGGCUGGCCGGUCUGCACGAGCUGCACGUGCACGGCUGCAAAGUGCUGCGGAUACCGAUUGACGCGUUCAAGCCGCUGCUCGAGCUCAAGCGACUCGUCGUGCAGACGUUCAACGCCGCGUGGGGCGCCGCCAGGUACCUAGAAUUCGUGCCGCAUUCCCUGCGCGGCCUGCGCGAGCUGCAUACCCUGGAGAUAGUCGAAAGUAACGUGCUGACGUUGCCGCCCGGGUUGCUCUGCGAACUCGACAACCUGCAGACUCUCAAUCUCACCGGCAACCGCAUCCGCGACGUCGAAGACAUCGGCUUGACGACGCGUGCCGUCGACGGUGCUGGUGGCGGCGACGGUGGCGAGUCCUGUCGCGCUGAUGUUCGCGUUCUGGAUCUGUCGCGCAACGAACUGCGACGACUGUCCGAGGAUGGGCCGCUGGUCGGCCUGCGGCAGCUGCAGGAGCUGCAUCUGCAACGCAACGCGAUCGCCGAGAUUGACGGGAACGCCCUGAAUGGACUUACCGUGUUGCACACCUUCAACGCCAGCUACAACGUCCUGGACUCGCUGCCCGACGGUCUGUUCGCCAGCACGCGCGACCUGCGGGAGAUUCACCUGGCGCACAACGGGCUGCGCGACCUACCGCAGGGUGUGUUCAACCAGCUCGAGCAGUUGCUGGUGCUGAAUCUCGCCAACAAUCGCCUCGGUAGCGACCGCGUCGACGAGACCACGUUCCUCGGCUUGAUCCGCUUGAUCGUACUCGAUUUGUCGUACAACCAGCUAACCCGUAUCGAUGCCCGCAUGUUCAAGGACCUGUACUUCCUGCAGAUCCUCGACCUGCGCAACAACUCGAUCGAUCGCAUCGAGAGUAACGCCUUCCUGCCGCUUUACAACCUUCAUACGCUCGAGCUGUCCGACAAUCAGCUCCACACCGUAGGAGCUCAGCUGUUCAACGGCCUCUUCGUGUUGAAUCGGCUGACUCUGUCGGGGAAUUCGAUCGCUAGCGUCGAUCCGAUGGCAUUUCGCAACUGUUCCGAUCUCAAGGAACUAGAUCUCAGCGGCAACGAGCUCACUGCCGUGCCGGAUGCUCUGCGCGACCUCGCCUUCCUCAAAACCCUCGAUCUAGGCGAGAACCGGAUCAGCGAGUUCCAUAACGGCUCCUUCCGCAAUCUGCAUCAACUCACCGGUCUGCGAUUGAUUGGCAACGACGUUGGCAAUCUGACUCGCGGCAUGCUUUGGGACUUACCGAACCUGCAGAUCCUGAAUCUCGCCCGUAACAAGGUGCAACACGUGGAGAGGCACGCGUUCGAGCGCAACAUCCGGCUGGAGGCGAUCCGGCUCGAUGGCAACUUUCUGUCAGACAUCAACGGUGUGUUCACCAGCAUUACCAGUUUGCUGCUGCUGAACCUGUCGGAGAAUCAUAUCGAGUGGUUCGACUACGCCUUCAUACCUGGCAAUCUCAAGUGGCUCGAUAUUCACGGCAACUUUAUCGAGAGCCUCGGCAACUACUACAAAAUCCGCGAUUCCAAAGUGAAGACCCUGGACGCUAGUCACAACCGCAUCACCGAGCUGUGGCCGAUGUCCGUGCCGGACAGCGUGGAGCUGCUGUUCAUCAACAACAACUACAUCAGCACCGUGCGACCGAACACGUUUGCCGAUAAGGUGAACCUCACCCGGGUAGAUAUGUACGCGAACAUGAUCGAGACGAUGGAGCUGACGUCGCUACUGCUGACCAAGGUGCCAGAGAACAAACCGCUACCAGAAUUCUACAUCGGCGGUAACCCGUUCAAUUGCAACUGCUCGAUGGACUGGCUGCCGGCCAUCAACAAUCAGACGUCAACGCGCGAAUAUCCACGUGUUAUGGACCUGGACAAUGUCAUGUGCCGUACCUCGGGACCACGUGGUGUGGCGAUCGUACCAGCCUCGACCGCCCGAUCGGAGCAGUUUCUCUGCCGCUACGAAGCUCAUUGCUUCGCCUUGUGUCACUGCUGCGACUUCGACGCCUGUGACUGCGAGAUGACCUGUCCGGCCGGCUGCAAGUGCUACAACGACCGCACGUGGAAUACAAACGCGGUGGACUGCUCGGGCCUUGGGACCGGUGAAAUCCCACGGCGAAUACCGAUGGACGCAACCGAGGUGUACCUGGACGGCAACGUGCUGCGCGAGCUGCAGAAUCACGUGUUCAUCGGUCGCAAAAACAUGCGUGUGCUGUACGUGAACGCGAGCGGCAUUGAAUCCAUUCAGAAUCGCACGUUCAAUGGCCUCAACAACCUGCAGAUUCUCCACCUCGAGGAUAACCGGAUACGCGAGCUCAAAGGCUUCGAGUUCGAGCGAUUGUCACACCUGCGCGAGCUCUAUCUGCAGAACAACGUGAUCGGCUACAUUGGCAAUCUAACUUUCCUGCCGCUGCGCUCACUCGAGAUCCUCAGACUGCAUGGCAACCGGUUAGUGACGUUCCCGGUGUGGCAGGUCACCCUCAACGCCCGACUGGUCGAGUUGUCGCUCGGCGGUAACCCAUGGUCCUGCCGUUGCAAGUUCCUGCAGGAGCUGUCCGCCUGGGUAUCAGACAACGCACACAAGGUCAUCGAUGCCGGCGACGUCUGGUGCUAUUACGGUGGCGACGCCAGACCGGCAUAUCGGCGCCGAUUGAACGUCAACGAGACCGCGUGUUCAGACUACUUUGCGCAGGGUGGCAUGAUCGAGAGCAUCAUGGUAUCGGACUAUCUACCGCUGGUAGCCGCUACGCUCUCGGCCAUCCUCGUCCUGUUGGUGAUCAUAGUGCUCGCCUUCGUGUUCCGUGAACCGGUGGGUGCCUGGGCCUACUCCAGGUACGGACUCCGCUUCCUACGGACCAAACCUGGCAAAGCCGCGACAACAGCGAGCAUGGCCGCGGCGGCUGGCAUGACCGCGGGUUGCUGCGACGUCGAUCGCGAUCGCCCUUACGAUUGUUACGUGUGCUACAGCCCGAACGACGAGGACUUUGUGCUACACUCAUUAGCGGUCGAGCUGGAGCAUGGUGCGGCCGGUCUACGGCUCUGCCUGCAUCAUCGAGAUCUACCCUGCUUGUUGCGCGCCUCCGCGCCCGCGCCGACCGUCCUCGAGGCGGUAGACGCGUCGCGACGCGUGCUGAUCGUGCUGACCCGGGAUUUCCUGCAGACCGAGUGGUCGCGGUUCGAGUUCCGCGCGGCACUGCACGAGGCCCUGCGUGGUCGCGCCUCCCAGCUGAUCGUCGUCCAGGCCGCUCACGUGGGUGUCGAGGUCGAGCGCGAUCCCGAGUUGCGACCCUACCUGAGAACCGCGGCGGUCAUACUCACGUGGGGUGAGAAAAGGUUCUGGGAACGGCUGAGAUACGCGAUACCGCCGUCCGCGACGACUGCCAUCAUCGCUGCUACCGCCGGCACCACGACCGUCGCCACCCCUGGCGACGUGUCCGUCGAGGGCAAGUCUUCGCCGCUGAUCUACAAACGUAACAUUAACACCUACACGAUGGACGGCGGUGUCGGCAGCCUCGAGAAGACCGGCGUGUCGACGCUGCGCGGCGGUCAACGCGCCGCGCUCUUCAAGGACGCCUCGUCGGCGCUGAUGCUGCAACACGCGCCGCCUGCCUACUCAUGCGGUGCCCCGCCGCUCCCCUCUGCCACGCUGUCGCAGCAACAGCAACCACAGCCACCACCACCGCCGUCGUCGUCGCCAGCGCAGCCCAGGCUGACCGUCAAUCACGCUUACCGGGAUACGAUGCCGGGGGCCGGUAAUCUCGUCACGACCACCGCCGCCACCACCGCCGUCAACUGCGGCAUUGGUGAGGACCACAGGAGGCCGCUGUCCGAGCACAUCUACUCGUCCAUCGACUCGGACUACUCCACCCUCGAGAGGACCGCCUGGAGGCAGCAGCAACCGCCGCCACCGCCACCCCCGCCCUCCUCCGGACAGGCCUACCUGGUUUAGCUGCCUGGGAUCGCCCCCGGUGCUCCCGCUGCGGCGGCUACGUGCACGCGGCACCGACGAAGGCGGGACACCGUCGUCGACUCGAAGCCGAUUACGUGCGCCGGUAGUAUCUCGUUAUCGAAAGGUUGUGCUGGAUCUCAUCCGUAUAACGCCCGAUCGGAGGCGUCGACAGACUGCGAUUCCACGAAGACGCUGUAUGCGCACCGAGCCACGGACCCCCGCGAGACACGUGUACAUAGCUCAGUGACGUCGUCGCGAAGGGAGCGGGACAGAGUGUUCGCAUAUCACGAUUAUCUGUGGAGACUUUGGGGAUGCUCGUUGUGACGACGGGGCCGCCUGUCUUUUCAUUCGACGAUACGCGAGAAUCCUUUUUUUCCUUUCCAGAGUGUUCUCGCUAAUUGACGCUUUUCCCCCUCUUUCCCUAUCCGUCUUCAUAUUCUUCUUUUUUUUCUGUUCCUUGUUACUUUGGCCCCCGUCCUCCUCCUCUCUGCUCGACGUAAUAAGACUUUCGGUCUCCCCCUGAUAUCGGGGUUGCGCGCCCUCCGUAAUAAUUGCGAAUUUCUGAAUGGCGUUUCACGAAAACACGCUUCCUUGCGAGUUUUCUUAUAAGCGGGGAUUCUACUUGAUAUUUCCUCGAUAUCAUUGCAUUCUGUCGACGGUGAUAAUUUUUAAAUUAUAUUCUGUUAAUUGUGUAGAGAUCUCUGCAAAUUAAGAGCGUAGAUAGGAAAGCAAGUUGAUUUUUUAUUUCAUACUUAACAUCAAGCGACAUUCUUGUUAUAAUUUAAUUCAUGAUUUUAGUUGAAUAUUUGCUGAAGCCGAGGAAAGUAAUCUAUAAUUUUCCUGUAAAUGGGUCAAAUCGAAAUUCGAAGAGAACAUCCGUCAUUAACUUUUAACUUAACUGGUGGAUCCCAGACAAAUUAAAUAAACUUGUACUCUAAAAGAUUGAAAACUUUGUUUCCAGGUCAGAAAUGAACAAUGAUGUUAUUUUACACGAGAAACUUUUUAUUUUAAUGAUAAGAAAGUUCUGUUUUCUUAAUUUAAUUAGUAUCACGAUUGCAUCUGUGGAUCCACUAGCAUAUAUCUCGAUAGAUCUCGUGUGCGUGCGUGUUGAAUUCAAGUCAAACAGUUAAAAGUUAAAACGGAAUACCCUGUCAGCCUCCGCUCCCCUUGACGAUUUUUUAGCGAGCAAACGAGCGCGUACGCGCGAGGGUCUUCGCUUCGCGCGAGUCGUCGAGUUAUCCCUUCGGCGGCGAUUUCACCUUCAUGUAAAUACUCUCGCUACUUAAUUAUCGCGGACUCGUGUAAAUAUGCUACUUACGCAGGAUGCGUCUGUGUACGUAUGUACAUUGUAUGUACAUAUAUAUACGUAUGUAAUUGACACCGCGUCGCAACAUUUGGACGUCCUCGCCGCGUAAUAGAAUCAUGAUUGCUAGCUUCGACUCCGAAUUCUCGACUAGGUAGAUGACUUUUUGUAAUUUUAUAUGUCCGCGCGAGCGUGAGAGAGAGAGAGAGAGAGAAACAUUGUGAAACUGAGAAAGCGAGCGAGUGAGAGAGAUGGUUGUACGAUAUGUAAAUAUGUAUAUUGAAACUCGUACCCUUCAUCGCCGCGCCUUGUGUAAGAUACUAUUUGCCGCGUGACAGAGAGAGGAUAAGCAGAAUCGAAGAGUGAGAAACAAGAGCGAGAGACAACAGGCGUCCGCGACGUCCAUCGCGAGCGGAAAGACGCGCGAGCGUCCGCGCAUGCGUCGUGAGACUUAAAAAAAAAACCUGUGUAUACUUGAUUUAUUUAAAUCAUGUGAAUAAAUUUAUAAAAUACGUUACUACUUCGCAAUUGUACGUCUUGGUGUCUCGAAUCCGACGGUGACGCGUCGGCAACCUGGCAACCCAUUUUUCAGGGAACGCGUGCUCCCCCCCCGCAGCGCCUUUUCUUCCAGGGGCGAAACUUGGGAGAACGGUUUUUUUCACGCGCGAAUCGAGUCGCGACGAAACUCGGAGGAAUCGAUCGAUCGAGGGAGAGAGGGAGAGAGAGGGCACGCGAGAGAGAACUUAUUUCCAUAUGGAAAUUUCGCGCUACGAUUGGUUAAAAUAUCCGCGCAAAUGCAUUAUCCGAGUAUGGGGGUCCGGGGGGCAGGGGGCAGGGAGAGGGCGAGCGGGCGAGCGGUGUGCAACCGUGUUGUUUCCCACAUAGCCCGGCUCUCUGUCUCUCCCUGCCUCCCUCUCUUUCUCUCUUUGUCGUUACCUAUAUAUCGCGCGGCGCGCGGCCGCGUACCUCGGCUAUAUAGAUCGCGAACGGAACAUUGAUCCUAGUCAGCGGCGCCGCGCACUCACUGCACACCAUCUGCACACUUACAUUAUUAAUGCGCCUACGACCGCCGCCGCGGUCCGCGCGGAGAAACGUGUGUUUCUCUGUUGUUCGCGAAAUCUUUUCGCAACCGCGUGUAAACACCGCACACGCGCGUGCGCGCGACGUCCGGUCGGUCUCGCGACUCGCAAUUGCGCUCGGAACGCUAAACCUCACGUAGGGGAUGUGUUUUCUCAUCCCGGAUGAGUUUCAAUAAAUCAUCGAGCCGAUCACGGGGUUGGCGUUCCGAGUCUCGACGGAACGGAUGAUACGGGGGUUGCGAGUCAGCUGGAAAUAACUUGGAGCAAAACGCUGGAGCAAUUGAACAAUCGGAUCGAUACCGUGAAAUUAAACUUGACCGAUGCAGCCUAGGCACAUGUCUGAUUCUUUGAUCAAUCUUGAAUGUUGCUUCAUCCAUAUAUCUUCGCAUAUAUAUUCGGGAAUACACGUUUCCAAGCAUUUUAUGAAUCUCAAGGCUGGCCAAUAAAUAACAAAUUAAUAAAAAUUAAUACAAUUAAAUGAAAUCUUAUUCCAAUAAGAUUUCUUAUUAAAAUUAAUCAAAGUAAUUUCUUCAAUACACCGUGCUUUGAAGAACAUUAAACUCGAAUAUCCAACUCGAGGAAAAUCAACGUUAUUUUUU